AUGUCUUUAUCAUCAGAAAUAGCAGCAGGAAAUGAAGUAUAUCCAAAUACGAAUCAACCAAGAAUGCCAAAAGAAGAAAAUAUAUCUGUGACUCAAAGAAUGAUAAGUGCAUGUUCAGGAUCACUUAUAACUUCAUUAGUUGUUACUCCAUUUGAUGUGAUUAGAAUUAGAAUCCAACAACAAGAAAUACUACCGCAAGCUCAACCAUGUUGUCAAGUUCAUUUUCCAGAACAUACAUUAUCGCCAUCUCCAGCAACACUUGCUGCUGAAGUAUCUGCAUCUGCUUCUACUACUACAAGUACUGUAUCAGCAAGUGCACCGGAAUUAUUCUGGAUUCAUAAUAAAUAUUGUAACACGGCAGAAAAUUGUACUAGGAUCACAUCAACUUUUCAAGGUUUCAGUACAGUGGCAAAACAUGAAGGAAUAAGUACAUUAUGGAGAGGUUUAUCAUUAACAUUAUUGAUGGCUAUACCUUCAAAUAUAAUUUAUUUCACCGGGUAUGAAUAUAUUAGAGAUCAUUCUCCUAUUGGUAAUCAUCCUUUGAAUCCUUUAUUUUGUGGUUCUUUAGCAAGGACAAUGCUGGCUACAUUUACUGCACCUUUUGAAUUGAUUAAAACUAGAUUACAAGCAAUACCUACUGAUCUGAAAAGUUCACAUCAUGUCUUGAAAAAUUUAUUAAAAGAUCUGAUGGGAUUAGUUAAGAAAGAUGGUAUUUCUACAUUAUUUAAAGGUUUAAGUAUAACAUUAUGGAGAGAUGUUCCAUUCUCUGGAAUAUAUUGGUCUAGUUAUGAAUUUCUUAAAAAAAGAAUCUCAAAAGGAUUAAAAGUUAAUUUUGAUACUGCUCAUACAGAUGAUGAUUGGAAAGUUUUUAUAACUUCAUUUUUAUCAGGUUCUAUAUCAGGAGCUACAGCGGCAUUUUUCACUAAUCCUUUUGAUGUAGGUAAAACAAGAUUACAAAUUACCAUGGAUGAAGGAAAUCAUAAACUUAAACAUAGAACUAAUAUGUUUAAAUUUUUAUUUGAUAUAUAUAGAACUGAAGGUGUUGGUGCAUUAUAUGCUGGGUUUCCUCCAAGAGUUAUGAAAAUUGCUCCUGCUUGUGCAAUCAUGAUUUCAUCAUAUGAAAUUGGAAAAAAAUUCUUCAAGAAUAAUAAUUCAAUCUAG